ACAGGCUACACAGCCAGGCCAGCCAGUCUCAGCGAAGCGGUACCGGUGCUCGUAAUUACCCCGGCUGACCUCAUUAUUCCCCGGUGGUCCACUUCCCCUCUUUCUCCCACACCCGACCCGCUCCCAUGGCCGCCGCCGCCGCUUCUAGCGCCGCCCGCCGUUUCCUCUUCCCACGACUCCUCAUCGCAUCCCGCCGUCUCCACGCAAGUGCUUCCGAGGGACCGGCGAGGGAGGCAUCCACCACGAGCUUCAUCCAUCCCGCCGCCGUCGUCCACCCCGACGCCUCCAUCGGCCAGGGUGUCUCAAUAGGCCCAUUUUGCACCGUGGGGGCUUCAGCCAGUAUUGGUGAUGCCUGUCAGUUACACGCUGGGAGCCAUGUCAUGGGAGAUACUGAUCUAGGGGAGGGAUGCGUUGUUCUCACUGGUGCUAUCCUUGGUGCAGAUCUCCCCGGACGAACAAUUAUUGGGGAAAACAAUGUCAUUGGGAACUAUGCGGUUGUUGGUGUUAAGUGUCAAGAUCUCAAAUAUAAGCCAGGAGAUGAAUGCUUUCUACACAUAGGUAACAACAACGAGAUCAGAGAGUACUGCUCUAUUCACCGCUCUUCUAAAUCUUGUGACCACACGGUUAUUGGUCACAAUAAUCUUAUAAUGGGGUCCUGCCAUAUAGCACAUGAUUGUAAGAUUGGUAGCAACAACAUAUUUGCUAACAAUACUCUUUUUGGCGGCCAUGUUGUUGUUGAAGACUGCACUCAUACUGCAGGAGCUGUCGUUGUCCAUCAAUUUUGUCAUAUUGGGUCCUUCUCGUUUCUAGGAGGCGGCUCGGUGGUUGCACAAGAUGUGCCAAGAUACAUGAUGGUUGCAGGUGAUAGGGCAGAGCUUCGUGGUCUGAAUUUUGAAGGUCUUAGGCGCAAUGGUUUCUCAGACCUAGAGGUACGGAGCUUGAGGAAAGCAUAUCGGAAAGUAUUUAUGCCAGCUAUUAGUUGUCAGAGUAGCUUUGAAGACAGACUCGCCGAACUGGGACGAGAAAUUGAGCUAUUAGAAUCUCCUUCUGUUUCAUGUAUGGUGGAAUCUAUUCGCACAUCGUUUGACCAAGGACGUCGUGGAAUUUGCAAGUUCAGAAGUUGGAACCUCUCAUAAGUGCCCCGCCCGCCCUACUGUAUGGACCAUUCAGAUCCAAUUUCUUGUUGAUCUUCUAUACCUGAUGCAUGAAUACACCAUACAGAUAGCAAGUGACCGAAUGCCAGUCAAUCCAGAUUAAACCUGGGUUGUCGCCAAGAUGAUUGCCGCAUCCGAUUAUAGAAAAGUAGUGUGUAGUAGUAGUGUUCUUUGCCUAUUGGGCGGUACAAAUCCUUGUACUAGAACUCCAUAGUUGUACUCUAUUAAUUUUGAUAGCGCCUGGAUUUUGUCCAGACAUGUCUAUGGAUCUCAGGCUCUAAGCGGUAUUAUCCGAACAUGUUACUAUUGAGAUGAGCCUGUUUGUAGAGCUCAGUGAGCCAGUGACGAAUGA